AAUUGUAUCACUACAGUUCUUGUAAUCGUGCUGUGAACAUUAUUUAGUAUAAAAAGCGAGUCAGAAAGUGGCUCUGACGGAGUGUCUGUAAAACAGUCGUGGCUUAAACAUUUUCUGUGAAAACCAGAAGCUACGCAACGUCUCUUCCUUGAAGGAACAAUAGCACGAGCAGAAAAAAAACAACAACACACAAUUAAUUUAUUUGUAAUUUAGGAUCUAUAUUUAAUAAAACCAAAUAUAUCAACAUGUGUGACGAAGAGGUUGCCGCGCUCGUUGUCGACAAUGGAUCCGGUAUGUGCAAAGCCGGUUUCGCCGGUGACGAUGCCCCCCGGGCCGUGUUCCCCUCGAUCGUAGGUCGCCCCCGGCACCAGGGUGUGAUGGUCGGUAUGGGCCAGAAGGACUCGUACGUCGGUGACGAGGCCCAGAGCAAGCGUGGUAUUCUGACGCUCAAAUACCCGAUCGAGCACGGUAUUGUCACAAACUGGGACGAUAUGGAGAAGAUCUGGCAUCACACCUUCUACAAUGAGCUGCGUGUUGCCCCCGAGGAGCACCCAGUCCUGCUGACAGAGGCCCCGCUCAACCCGAAGGCCAACCGUGAGAAGAUGACACAGAUCAUGUUCGAAACGUUCAACACACCGGCCAUGUACGUUGCCAUCCAGGCCGUGCUGUCGCUGUACGCCUCAGGUCGUACCACCGGUAUCGUGCUUGAUUCCGGUGACGGUGUUUCGCACACAGUACCAAUCUACGAAGGAUACGCUCUGCCACACGCUAUUCUCCGUCUGGAUUUGGCCGGUCGCGAUUUGACCGACUAUCUGAUGAAGAUCCUGACCGAGCGUGGUUACUCGUUCACCACCACUGCCGAGCGUGAAAUUGUCCGUGACAUCAAAGAGAAGCUCUGCUACGUUGCACUCGACUUUGAACAGGAAAUGGCCACCGCUGCCUCGUCCUCCUCGCUGGAGAAAUCCUACGAACUUCCUGACGGACAGGUCAUCACCAUCGGAAACGAACGUUUCCGUUGUCCGGAAGCUCUGUUCCAGCCCUCAUUCCUGGGUAUGGAAGCGUGCGGUAUUCACGAGACCACCUACAACUCGAUCAUGAAGUGCGAUGUCGACAUCCGAAAGGAUCUGUAUGCCAACACAGUAUUAUCCGGCGGUACCACCAUGUACCCAGGCAUUGCCGAUCGCAUGCAGAAGGAAAUCACCGCCCUGGCCCCGUCGACGAUGAAAAUCAAGAUCAUUGCCCCUCCAGAGCGCAAAUACUCCGUCUGGAUCGGUGGUUCUAUCCUUGCCUCGCUGUCGACCUUCCAGCAGAUGUGGAUCUCCAAGCAGGAAUACGACGAAUCCGGCCCAUCCAUUGUCCACAGAAAGUGCUUCUAAGCUAUCUUCGCUUACUAGCAGUACUAACUGUAACAAUAACAACACUCUUUUACCAACAACAUCAAUGAGGAAAACAAGAGCCAAAAUUAAAGCGAAAUUACACGAGAAAGAGAUUACAACAACAACAACAACAAGAUCCUUUCCAUCACGAAGCAGAAGAAGACAGUUAAAAAAGACAUUUGAGAAAAACUUAAAAAUAAAAAGACAAUUCCUGUAUUAUUACUUAUAAUAA